GAUCCCUCCUGUGGGUUAACGUACACACUGCUCCGUCACACGGACUGCACUUGGCAGUGUAGAAGCUGAGGGCAGCAAUUCUCGCACCUGCCAAGGCUGGGAAUAUUACAGUCUUGGCAAUCAGCGUGUCUUUCUAGGGAUCCCUCCAGCCAGGCAUCUUCCUCGAGACCAGUCACUCUACGGCCAUAUCCCUAUGGCAUUCACCCAGAAAUUUGCCGGACUGCGGCUCCAGGAACAAGGUGUGAGCAAGAAGUUCGAGGACGAUUUCCUGGCGGCCCAUAAUGCGUAUCGGAAGCAGCACGGCGCGCCUCCUCUAAAAAUCAGCCGAGAACUUUGCACAUCGGCGCAAAAAUGGGCCAAUCACCUGCUUUCAAUUCGCAGCCUAAAACACUCCGGCACGGACUACGGCGAGAAUCUGUUUUACAAAUACAGCUCUAGUGACAAGGAACUAGCAGGUAACGCGCCUGUGGAUUCCUGGUACAGCGAGAUUAAGGAUUAUAACUUCAGCAGACCGGGGUUUGGAGGAAACACGGGCCACUUCACACAGGUUGUCUGGAAAGCAUCCACGGAGGUUGGGGUCGGGUUGGCCACGGAUGGCAAAGGCCUUUUCUUUGUGGUGGGACAGUACAACCCAGCGGGGAAUAUCACAAACCCCGGCUACUUUGAGAAGAACGUCCUCCCCACUGGAGCAGCGCCAGAAACGAAUAAUGCUGGACCAAAUAGGAACCAAGGAAAUUACGGAGAAUCAGAACUAAACACAAGCUCUAACACUCCAAAACCUCUCUCAUUAACUGGGAAAAAAGGUGCAGAGGAGAGCCAGUUUGAGAAGGAUUUCGUAGCCGCCCAUAACAGCUACAGGAAGAAACAUGGGGCGUCUCCGCUACAGCUUAACCGUGACCUCUGUCGAUCCGCUCAGCAAUGGGCUGACCACCUGCUGUCCAUCCGCACCCUGAAACACAGCUCAACUGACCACGGAGAGAACCUCUACUACAAAUACAGCUCUAACAUCAGGGAACUGCCAGGUGAGGAGCCGGUGAACUCAUGGUAUGAUGAAAUAAAGAAUUAUGAUUUUUCCCGGCCUGGAUUCCACAGUAAUACAGGUCACUUCACGCAGGUCGUCUGGAAGGACUCCAAGGAGGUGGGAGUCGGAUUGGCCACGGAUGGCAAUGGAUUAUUCUUUGUGGUGGGACAGUACAACCCAGCAGGGAAUAUCACAAACCCCGGCUUCUUCGAGAAGAAUGUCCUCCCCGCUGGAGCAGCGCCAGCUACAGACAGUGCAGGAUCCGGAUCACGGUGGAAACCAAGCAACAACAAGGAACCAGAAGCUGACAAGCCCUCCACUGUCCGGAAACCUCAGACGGGCUUUACCCGACGAGGGUUUGGAACUUUUGAGCAGGAGGCUCUAGACACCCAUAAUAAGUACCGGCGCCAGCAUGGGGCACCCCCUCUGCAGCUUAAUCAGGAACUAUGUGAGUCCAGCCAGAAAUGGGCUGACCACCUCCUGUCCAUCAACGCUCUGCAACACAGUAACACCACACAUGGAGAGAACCUGUGGUACAAGUGGAACUCCAGCAUGAGAGACGCUUCAGGGAGUGAGGUCGUAGACACGUGGUACGGAGAGAUAAAGGACUAUAACUUUAGCAAGCCUGGCUUUCAGUCCAACACCGGUCACUUCACUCAGGUAGUAUGGAAAGACUCCAGAGAGGUUGGUGUUGCCAAGGCUGUGGAUGGUAAGGGCAUGGUGAUCGCAGUGGCACAAUACAGCCCGGCGGGAAAUAUCACCAACCCCGGCUAUUUCCAGAAAAAUGUUCUGCCAAAGGGCACCCCAGUAUCUGAGGGGGGAGCAGCGUCUGACAGCACGAGUGGCACCUAUUAUCCGGGAAAAAUCGGAGGAGACACGGCAACAUCACCUACAGUUGAUUCCAGGGAGUUUGCGCUGGAGUUUCUCAAAGCAAACAAUACGUAUCGAACCCGCCAUGGAGCCAAACCGCUGCAGCUAAACGCCCACAUUAGCCAGGAAGCCCAGAAGUGGGCAGAACAUCUCCUGACCUUAAAGUCCCUGAAGCACAGUGAGACGUCCUAUGGAGAGAAUAUCUGGGCCAAGUCUGGGGGCCCCUCCAUCACCGUGACCGGGCAGGAAGUUGCCGACAGUUGGUACAAAGAAGAGAAAAAUUACAACUUUUCCAAGCCGGGAUACCAAUCCGAUACAGGUCAUUUUACUCAGAUGGUAUGGAAAACGUCCAAGGAGGUGGGAGUUGGCCUGGCGUCCAGCGGGAAGGGAAUGUUUAUUGUGGUGGCGCAGUACAACCCCAGUGGGAAUAUCACUAACCCCGGGUUCUACGCCCGCAAUGUCCUGCCCCGGGGAUCGAAGGUGACGGACGAUGACGACGAGGAUGGCUUUGUGAAGGAUACAAGCGCUAAUGGCCUAGUGUCUAUUGCAGAUAAAGAACUGAAAGCUUUUCGAAAAGAGCUCCUGAGUGAGCACAAUAAAUAUCGGCGGCUGCAUGGAUCCGGGGCGCUGCAGCUCAACACGGCCCUCACCCAGGAAGCCCAGAAAUGGUCAGAUCACUUAGUGGGAAUCCGAGCCCUUCAAAACAGCGACACCCAACACGGGGAGAACCUAUGGUAUCGCUGGGGGACAGACACCAGUUUACCUUCAGGAAAGGAGGUGGCCGAGUCAUGGUACAAUGAGAUCUCAAAAUACAAUUUCAGUACCCCAGGAUUUCAGAGCGGAUCAGGGAACUUCACUCAGAUGGUUUGGAAGCUGUCCUCCCAGGUGGGGUUCGGCCUGAGCACAGACAGUAAAGGAAUGUAUAUUGCGGUGGGCUUUUACGACCCGGCUGGAAACAUCGCUAACAAGGGGUACUUUGAAGACAACGUCCUGCAGAAAAAGAAAUAGGUGAAAAUGCGUUCUUCCAUUAUGAGGGAUAAAUGUACCACUGCACCAAGAAUCUAGCAACCAAGAGAUGCUCCAGGGCCAAAAGCACCACUUAUUACUGAACAUCCUUUAAUACCGGACUCAGGGAAUCUGUCGGCAAUCCUCUCCAAUCUCAAUCAAUGGGUGUAAACGGGGUAUUUAAUCAUUUAUCUCCACAGCCGUGUAAAGGCCAGAACUAGACUUACCUUCACAGUGUUCCUUUAACCACUCGGAAAGCUAUGGAUGGGCGUGAGAUUUUUGCAAUGCACUAUCAACACUGGCAAAUGGCGUCUGGGAAUAUUUGACCUACACGAUAUUCCCAUGCCACCAUCAGCACAGAACUGCGCAUUUUCCAAAAGCUACAAUAAUUGUACCAUUACAGUGAUCUGGAGCAAGUAUUCUCUUUUGGCACAGUAAAUCCAGUUCCCAGCACCUCAGCGUGGCUUACACUGAUCGUGGGUUUUCCCAUUGUGAUCAAUGAUCAAAGUCCCACAGAAUGUCUGCCAUCUCAGUGGCAAAGGGACCUGUUGUACAAUGUAAUUACGGAUCUCGCCAUCCAAUAGGAACAAAGCUCUGUAACCAAGGCACCUUUCAUCCUAUAACUCCCAUUAUGCCUACAGGCCAAGGCGGCCACUGAGAUCAGCUCCAGGUGAACCAGGCCUAUAGAAGCUGGGAUUGGUUAUCUCUGGCGCUGUUGGCGUCCACAUCUCCAAAUACUCUUUCAACCGCUUCUGGAGAUACGCAUAGAACCGCACUUACAAGGGAUUCCUAGUUCUUCAUCCUUCACUAAAGAUGGAAGUAUGCUUUGGGUGGCUGUGCACUACGAGAGUCAUGUUCCACAGCACAUGGACUGCCAUAAAUAGACUCUUGAGGCUAGUACGGCUUUAUCAGAAUGUAUCCAGAAGUCCCUGCCUGCAAGCUCUAGCCAGGCCCGGUUACUUGUCCUGCAUGGUUUUGGGUUCUGCCACCUUAUUUACUCCCGCAUGGUGCAUGUUGGAGGGUGGGAGACAUCCAGGGCCUUUGCCCCUCUUUAUUCUUAUAUUUUUUCGGUUUCAUGUGAUGAAUGUAUGCCUGGCAUAUCAUAACAUAGAAUUAUGGUAAAUGUGGUUAGUGUAACUUUAAACCAUUAACUUUAGGCUGAACGUCACAUAGUCCGAAUGACGUCAUCACUGCCGUCCCAUCUGGUAUUGUGAAAUGUACUAGUCAGGAGCAGAUUGUUGUUAACGGGAAUCUGAUGUCCCAUAGAGGUUUUUAAUUCUUUUUCAUAUGAUGGUAAGUCUGUCCACUAUAUGCCAGCCUCUUAUUUCCCAGAUUACGCUGCUAAUAAAUAACUAAUGAUUGAGCAACGCGUUUUGCAAUGUAUGCAGGCAGGCAGCUGAAGGAAACUUGGUUUUGUUCGCUAAUUAGUGGUGUGAUAUUUUAGUCCUAUAGGGUUCACUAAAGUGAGGAUUUAAAGUGAAUUUCCGAUUUCAGAUCAGGGUAGCUGGACUUAAAGCAUAUCUGACUUUGAGAAAUUUUCAAGCUCGGCUAUUUUGACAUUAAAUGUGAAAUUCACUUUAAAUUCUCACUUUAUUGAAUAAUCCUGGUAAUAAAAUCACAACUUACUGUUUAGUCGAUAAAGCCCCAAUUGUCACUGUUUAUGUCCCACUGUGAAAACAGAAUCCUCCCCUACAAAGAAAUGUGGGGACGGGGCGAGCACUUUAGGCACAAAAUGGCCCUUUAUUUCAGAACGCAGAUAGGGAUAGAUAUAUUACAGGAAUUUUGCGGUACAGUGAAAUCUGUAAACGUUUAUUCAGCCUUUUUGUAAAAGAGGCUCUAAGUAAUAACCUUAAAAAGAGAAUAACUUUACAUUCAAACAUUCCAGUCUGUGGAAUGCGGAGAGAUAGAAUAUGUUGCCCUCUGUCCACUCACCAUAAUGAAAGUUUUUAUUAAAUUUUCCCCAUAGAAAGGUCUUUCCAUUUGUGUCACACAAGGCACUGUCUUUGUAAUCACAGAUUAGACCCAGUUCGUUGCUAGUUAUUCUAAACCAUAUUUUUUUAGUGUUUUUGCACCUUGACAUGCACCAUAGGUCUUCACCAAGGGAGGGCUGGCAACGUCAAGCCUGGUAGACUGCUACAAAUGAUUUGUAUGUGGGUAUUAUUCAUGGGUUUGACAGAUGGAGACUGCGGGUAUGACAUCAUAUACCCGUUACCCACCAUCAGUACAACCUGCGCAGCGUGACAUUCACAGAGAUCUGUGCAAGAGAGUCACGGGAUUCAAUUAUCCCCACAGCCGACUGGUAUGUGUGAUAAACGUCUUGAGCACUUUCUACACAGUCCCAUACCAACACUUCAGGGACAUAUUCUGGUCACCGGGUCAGUAGUCCAGAUACUGCGGUCUCUCAGUGUAUCUCACAGGCCAGUCAAGGCUUACAGAGAUUUGAAACCAUGGGCCACCAUCCCAAGCACAAAGGCUUCACGCCUGUAUUAUUCUACCAACAGACAUCCCAACGUACCUACUAUUGCUUUCAGUCAGUGGAAGGAUGGGGCUGUGUCUGGGGCACAAAACCCCUGUAUGUUAGGGGCCCGGGGGAUAAUUUCUGACCAGCCUCCUUGCCAGCCCUUCCUGGUAUUCAUUAUGUCUUAAUGUGUUUUUUUUUUUGUAUGUUCAGUUUUAAACAUUAAGGUACGAAGGUCUCUAUAACCACUAAUGUUUUAUGUAAAACAUAUAUAUAUAUAUAUAUAUAAAAUGCUGUUACAAAGGUUUCAAGGCGUGCUGUCAAAGAGUAACCAGUCUGUGACCUGUAAAUGAUUUCAUUUUUCUAUUAAAAUCAUGUUUUGUUUUGUAUUCCA